UAGCAUACUAGAUAAAAAGCCCGGUUCUCGUGGCAGUAACUUCCGUCGCAGAAGAAGACAGGGAGAUGGGCCUGUAUGCUCACUCUCUAGCUGGCAUGUACUGCGAGUAAAGUCGAUUUUCUUAAACAGGGUCCAUCGGCACAUGCACGGCACAGCUUCUCUUUGUCUCAGACAGUGAAUACUGCUUGGUUCGCAGUGGGGCUGACAUUUUCGGCUACGUAUCACCACCGCAUUGUUGCUUCACUAAAUAAUGUUGUCUGCAUUGGUGGCAAGAGAUAUGUGAUGUCUUUGCCUGUUUGGCAGGCAUAGAGCAGAGAUUGCCAGGAGCAGCGAGCCCACGAGGACCAUCCUUCCAAAUGCAGCUGCCUCGGCAGACGAAUCAGCACCACAAAUCCCGUUCUUGGUUUUGGAGCGUAUAAACCUCUUUCUAAUCCCAAUUUCUUCCUCCGUUUUAGCAUCCCGCGCUCAGACCUCAAACCCCGCUGCAGUGAGCCAGUGAGAGUCUGCCUGGUUGAACAGGGGUUUGGCCGUUUGGGGGAAGCAAACACUUGCAUAGAGAUUCCCCAUUUCGUCCCAUGACACGAAAACAAUGCGCGCUCUGCAGUCUCCAGUGAUCCAGUCACCCGCCCGCCCACCUCGACACCUUCCCCAAUAAUGGCAUGCAGCAGGACACUCCUGCUCUGCACUGUAAUCUCACUCUCCCUCGCCGCUUCAGCUCUCGCGCGACCUCCUAAUAACACCACCCAACCGGCUGCAGCGACGGCGGUGCGAGCCGGGUACUACUUCGCCGCCGACGCCCACCUCCGGCCCCUGGCUUCCCUCGAAGCCUCCCUCUACACCCACCUCUACUACUUCUCCGUGGACCCAACGCUCCAGCUCCCCCGUGACCCGGCCCAGGCGCGCCUCCUCUCCGCCUUCUCCGGGGCGCUCAAGGCCCAGAACCCGGCCCUCGUAACCCUGCUCUCCGUCGCCACCCAAGCUGCUUCCGCGGCGUCCGCGGCAGCAGCAGCAGCAGACCCCGCGUUCGCCGCCAUGGCCGCGGACCGGGCCUCGCGGGCCGCGUUCGCCCGCGCCGCCGUUGCCCUGGCCCGCGGGAACGGCUUCGACGGGCUCGACGUCUCCUGGCGCUUCCCCGCGUCGGCCCUGGAGAUGGCCCACUUCGGGCUCCUCCUCGCCGACUUGCGUGCUGCCGCGGCAGCGGCCCCGGGGUUCCUGCUCACGGCCACCGUCUACUUCUCCAACCACGUCUUCGGCUUCGGCGUGGACUACCCGUCGGAGGCCGUCUCCAGGGGCCUCGACUGGGUCAACGUCAUGGCUUUCGGGCUCAGCCCGCCCGCCAUUGCGAACGUCACGGCCUUCGACGCGCCGCUCUACGACGCGGCCUCGCACUUCUCGGCGAGCUACGGGGUCGUGUCGUGGCUCGACGCGGGCGUCCCGGCGGGGAAGCUCGUCCUGGGGCUGCCGCUCUACGGCAGGUCGUGGUUCCUGCGGAACAAGGCUAACGGCGGCGUCGGGGAGCCCGUCGUGGCCGCGGGGCCCAAGCAGCAGCGCGGGAGCAACGCCGCGGGCGCCAUAUCCUACGCCGAGGUCCAGGCGCUCGCCGCAGCCGGGGCCGGGCGCGCGCCGGGGCCGGUAAUGACGAGCUAUGAUAAUGUCUCUGUGGCGUCGUACGUGGCCGUGGGCGACGUCUGGGUCGCCUUUGACGGCGUGGCUGUCGUCGCCGAGAAGCUCGGGUUCGCCGCGCGGCGCGGCCUGCUGGGUUACUUCCUCUGGCCAGUCAACUACGACGACGCCAACCUCACCGUGUCCAGAAGAGCAUCAGAUGUCUGGGUGCAGAGCAAAGUUUCGUCGGAUUUCAGGAACGCCACCGCCGUCCGGCAGAGGAAGGCCCCACUUGAGCUGCCGCCGGCUCUCCGGUCGCCUGCGCCGGCAUCACCGCCGUUGCCUGUGCCGACUUCCGCGUCCUUCUCGUGGCUGUCCCGGAAGAAGCUUGAUACGCACCUGCAUUUCGCAUUCGAGUGCAGGGCAGCGGGGUGAGACUGAAAGGCAAAACAGAGCAAGCCGUUAACUGAAUUUGGAAGGCCAACAAUGUUACAGUACCAUACUAUGAGGCAGGAUUCAAUCAUAAGGGAGUCAAAUAAAUGACAUUGGAAGAUUGGAGGGGCGAUUGAGUUUAGAUUCUAGCAAUUUUACAACCUUAAAUCCAUCCCCGCAUACCCUUUACAGGAAUUCCGCACCAACCUGCGAUAUCAUUUUCCUUUUUCCAAAUAUUUACUAUGUCAGAAUCAAUAUGAGGUGAUGGUAAGUUGAGGACCGUUGCCACCGAUUGAUAUUUCUAUAAAAGUAAAGAUUUGAAAAAUUCUUAGAAUUCAUAGUGAUACAUGGGGAUGGAUAUAACCAAUUGCAGUUUUCAUAGAAAAA